UCAGACGGGACCAUCCUGGCUAUUGCGUUGUUGAUCCUCUUCCUCCUACUGGCAUUGGCUCUCCUCUGGUGGUUCUGGCCCCUUUGCUGCACGGUGAUCAUCAAAGAGCCUCCCCCACCUCCUGCAGAAGACAGCGAGGAGGAAGAUGAUGAUGGCCUUCCAAAGAAGAAAUGGCCAACAGUAGAUGCCUCUUAUUAUGGUGGACGAGGAGUUGGUGGCAUCAAACGAAUGGAGGUGCGCUGGGGGGAAAAGGGCUCCACAGAGGAAGGUGCUAAGCUAGAGAAAGCCAAGAAUGCCAGAGUCAAGAUGCCAGAACAGGAAUACGAGUUCCCUGAACCCAGGAACCUUGCGAACAACAUGCGCAGGCCUUCCUCUCCUCGGAAGUGGUACUCUCCAAUCAAGGGGAAAUUGGAUGCUCUCUGGGUCUUGCUGCGGAAAGGUUACGACCGUGUCUCUGUGAUGCGUCCACAGCCAGGAGACAAG